AUGCCCGCCGAAAAACGAGAUAUUGCUAAGGAGCACAAUGAGGAUUCCACCCCAGUGACGAAAUACGGGAGAUUCGAAAGAAGUCAACCACCUGAGGUCCUAUUCCCCAACUCUAUUUCCGGAUCCGCUCUUCUUGCCAAGAGACGUCUCCAGAGUGUCACAAAGUCGCCGAGCUCGUCGCUGGAGAAGAUCAACUCUCCUACAUACUUUCAAAUUUUGAAAGAUUUGAGACAAAUCGAGAGAGAUUUGAAUGCCCCAGAUUUUCCGGCUACGUCUUCAUCAAAUGGACCACCCCAAAAGGACCUCCGCAAUUUGUAA